AUGAAUAAGUAUCAGGGCAUGGUGAAAUCUUAUGUGAGAUGCAGGAUUCAAGCAUCAAAUGACACUGCAAUAAGGAAGUUGCGGGAAUAUAGGGAAUGGAGUUAUUGGAGUGAAAGAAUGGCUGAAUUUCCUGCUUCUUUAGUUUCCUGCCUUUGCACACUGGUUGACUUUCCAAGGUGUGCAUCUCAUGAGGACAAAUCACCAGAAAAUCUUGAAGGAGUUGGUGCAUUCCAAAAGCUACCCAUGGUGAUGCCAUCUGUUGACAUUCUGUAUUCUGCACUAAGAAAGGCUAAGAGGAUUUCACCAACAAAGGGUAUUGCCAAUAUUGCAAAGCGGGAAAGAAAUAGAGGUGCAAAGCAACUUGAUGCAUUGAUGAAAGAAUUAGCAGUACCCUUGAGAACUUAUUCAGAGAAUUUUCCAAAUAAAAAGUAUCUUCACCCUUAUGAGCGAUCUCUUAUUGAAUUAACUCUUGGGGAUGGAAAUUAUGAAGAGGUGUUGGGAAAGGUGGAUUCUCUGAGGAAGAAGGUUGUGUCUGUUGGAAAGGAACAUGCAUCUCUUUGUGCUAAGUCAUUGUCGAAGAAAGAAGCAGAGGAAAGGCUAACUGAGGGCAUAAAGAAAGUUGAAGAGACAUUUAAUCGUGGAGGAAAACAUGUCGAUGAUUUGUUACACAUAGCCAAGACUCUGCGAGCAAUGCCGGUAGUUGAUCUAGAAUCACCGACACUUUGUCUUGUCGGAGCACCGAAUGUCGGGAAGUCAUCUUUGGUCCGCAUACUCUCCACAGGGAAGCCUGAGGUUUGCAACUACCCUUUUACAACAAGAGGAAUUCUGAUGGGUCACAUUAUUUCAAACCAUCAAACUUUUCAGGUGACAGACACUCCUGGGCUGCUCAAGAGAUGUGAUGAGGACAGAAAUAAUCUGGAAAAAUUGACGCUUGCUGUGCUCUCGCAUCUGCCAACGGCAAUACUUUAUGUCCAUGACCUCUCUGGACAAUGUGGAACCUCACCUUCUGAUCAGUUUGUCAUAUACAAAGAAAUAAAGGAGAGGUUUAGCGAGCAUCUGUGGCUUGAUGUUGUGUCCAAAUGUGAUCUGUUGCAAAAGUCUCCAGUGCUAUUUGCUACUGAUAAGGGUGAUGAUUCUAAUCUUGAGCUGGAAAGGUACCGGAAAUUGGGUCCCGAUGGAGCUCUUCAUGUGUCAGUGACAAAUGAAGUAGGGCUCACUGAGUUGAAGAGUAGAGUGCAUGAGAUGUUGAACUCCCAGAUGACAAGGAUCCAAGUUCAAGAAAAGCUAGAAGUUCUUACUUGA